CUUAGCUUAGACAGACAAAGUGACAGCUCAUCUUCACACACUAACCCUCUCUCUUUCCUUCCUCCCAUCCACCCUUUACUAUCCACUUGAUUCGUCUCUCUCCGCCUAUCUUUGAUUCCCUCCCUCAUCUAUCAUAAUCGCCGGGAACUUCUUCUUCUUCUUCUUCUUUUUUCGGUGAAACCAAAUGCAACCGAGCCAAGAAACUCGAUUCCAUAACCAUUCCCGGUAAAUCUAACAACAGCCCAUUUCUUCUUUUCUUAUUUUCUACAACAAUAAUGCCUGUAUACGAUGGUGCAUUUGUUAACACGGAGCUAUCAAAGCCUACAUCAAUCUUUGGUCUCCGUUUAUGGGUAGUCAUAGGAAUCUUAUUGGGCUCAUUAAUAGUUCUUGCCCUCUUUCUCCUCUCUCUUUGCGUUACUUCACGUCGCAAGAACCGACAAUUUAAGCUAACAAAGACAGACACUACCCCUCCAAUCUCUAAAGAGAUUCAAGAAAUCGUGCACUUGCCCGUGCAAGAUCACAAUCACCAUGCGAUUCAGGUGCCGGAGAUCCAGGUUGGGAUCGGGAAAGUGGAGCAUAGAGUGGUGUUUUCGAGUGGGGAGAGUAGAGGGACUGCUAGUGGUGGUGAGACGGCGUCGUUUGGGAGUGGAAGUGUGGGGCCUGAAGUGUCGCAUCUUGGGUGGGGUAGGUGGUAUACUUUGAGAGAGUUGGAGGCUGCUACUGGUGGGUUGUGCGAAGAGAACGUUAUUGGUGAAGGUGGGUAUGGGAUUGUGUAUCGUGGGGUUUUGAGUGACGGGACUAAAGUUGCUGUUAAAAAUUUGUUGAAUAACAGGGGUCAAGCUGAGAGGGAAUUCAAAGUAGAAGUGGAAGUAAUUGGACGAGUACGGCACAAGAAUCUUGUCAGAUUGCUUGGAUAUUGUGUUGAGGGUGCUUACAGAAUGCUUGUAUACGAGUAUGUUGACAAUGGUAAUCUGGACCAAUGGCUGCAUGGCGAUGUUGGAGAAGUCAGCCCACUAACAUGGGAUAUUCGUAGGAACAUUAUUUUGGGAACAGCAAAAGGAUUGGCCUACCUUCAUGAUGGUCUUGAACCAAAGGUUGUUCAUCGAGAUGUAAAAUCUAGUAACAUAUUACUGGAUCGCCAAUGGAACUCUAAGGUUUCUGAUUUUGGGCUUGCCAAGCUCUUACAUUCUGAGAGAAGUUAUGUCACAACACGUGUGAUGGGAACAUUUGGUUAUGUUGCUCCUGAAUAUGCUUGCACUGGAAUGCUGAAUGAGAAGAGUGAUGUUUAUAGUUUUGGUAUACUUAUCAUGGAGAUAAUUUCUGGGAGAAGCCCUGUUGAUUAUAGUCGGCCACAAGGAGAGGUGAAUCUGGUAGAAUGGUUAAAAACUAUGGUUGGGAACCGAAAAUCUGAAGAAGUGGUUGAUCCCAAGUUACCCGAGAUGCCUGCUUCAAAAGCAUUGAAACGUGCUCUCCUGGUAGCUCUUAAAUGUGUUGAUCCUGAUGCUACAAAGAGGCCCAAAAUGGGACACGUGAUCCACAUGCUUGAGGCUGAUGACUUGCUAUUUCGUGAUGAACGUCGAGUUGGGAGAGAACCUUCCCAUUCACAGCAUGGUUUUGAACAAGAGAAUCAUGCUGCUAUGAAAUUCAUUGAUAAGCAAUCGGGAGAAGGGACUUCAGACACAAGUGAAGGUGAAAGUGGUAGGAAACAUCAUCAGCCAACUAGAUGGAGAUAACAUCAUUGGAGGAUUAGGUGACUAACAAUUUUACAUCUCUCCAAGUUAUUGAAUCUUAUAUUUAUUUUUUUCCCUGUAGGAAUUCUAUUGUGUUUGUUGUAUCUUCUAUAUAAGAAAACGAUAAUCUGCAUUUGUUUUAAGCUUUAGUUUUCAUACCAUUUCGGAUAUCUUACUCCGCUGGGGAUGCAGUUGUGUAAUUGAUUCAUUAUUCUUAUAGAAAAAUGAUAUAUUUUGUUGUUUCAAUUAUAAAACAAAGUUACAUGUUUGUAUGCUC